AUGAUGCUCAUUUUGACUCAGGUCUGGGCGAUGAUGUCACCCAAAUGCCCUUCCAGCACAUUGAGAUCUUGCCCCUGUGAAACGGAAAAGCCCAUGGUGAGCCCGAUUUUUCAUCCCGCCAUGCCAAUGACCACUGGUAACUCAACCGCAGCGGCCAAUCAUCUUCAACAGUCCAGUUGCGAGGUUGCUUUCAUGCUUCACGCCAGAAACAGGGACUGGGCAUGGAUGACGAAGGGGGAAUUUGGCGUGGUACCCCCACUCCAAGACUCUUUUGCAGAAGGUUCUCCUGUUACACUGCAGGAUGCGGGCUGCAGCAAAGACAUUUGUGACUUCUCAGCUCCCAAAUCUCUAGUGUGUAGGGGAGGGUUGGCAAUUCCAGGUGCUCCAGACGCCGGCGGCGCGGCCCUCAUUCGCACUCCUCGUUUCUGCUAUUGCCGCCGCGCCGCCACUCUGUGGUCUCCACCAGGUGUCGAAGUUUAG